CGAGUACAAGAAACUAAAGCCCGAUAGUGAUACGGGACAACAAAGCCGGCAUGAACUACUCAUCCGGAGCCACAAGAAGAUUCUACCGCCUAACAGAAAGGCCACACUUGCAAUCAACAGAAAGCGUGGAAAGAGCAGUAGACGCGGAACUACAAAACUCACAAGCAGUCGCCGAGGCAAGGGGAAAACCGCGAACAAAGAACACAAAUACGACAAUUAACAAGGACAAAGAGCCAGGAUCGAGAAUCUCAUUUCCUGUCCACCUAAUCUUCAUCCUUAAGAGUCUAAAUCUAGAACUUUGCAUCCCCACUAGUCACUAGAGGUUAGCCUUACAAGAACUGACCAAGGAAGACCAAGGAGAAAACUGCUUAUUCAACUAAACUAAACUAAACUAAGGGCGGUGGAGGGAGUUUAGUUAUUCAUCUUCUUUUUUUGGUAAAAAUAGUUCUUCUUCUUGUUGUCCUUUUAACAUCAACUCCAAUUUUGUUUCUUACUGCUUCGUGGCAUGUGACUGAAGUGGGUGAACCUCCAAGUGAAGUAAAAGAUCAAAAAUACACCACCGCAUAAACUGUCCGAAACAUAUUCCAAGAAUAAUAUUUAACCUUUAUAUUCCGAGAAUAUUUUAGCAACUUAAUUAUCUACGUCCUCUUCUCUCUUCUCUAGAUAGUAUCGGUAAAUGACAAAAGAAACAUCACGAAGUUGACGACGCUCGUCCCUUGCCUGCCACUGAUGCGUAAAAUGACUAUGAGUUAGUUAUGAGUUAUGACCACACAGAAGUCCAAAUUGCUUCUUGCGCCUUCGUGGCAUGUGACUGUGAGGCAACAAGUAAAGCAAAAUAUCAAUUAGUCACCAUAAGAUAAUUGUCCGCAACACACAAGAUAUAACAUCACGGAUGAUGUCAUCACCACAUUCAUAUCUUCUCCACAAUUUUCAACCUUUAUAUCCCAACAUUUUUCGCAAACUCUCUACCCCUCUCUCUCUUCUCUGGAAGAAAAAAAUGGAGAUAUCAGUUGCAUCGGUAACAAUUUCAGUAGCUGUAGUUGUUACAUCAUGGUUGGUAUGGAGAGCUUUACAGUGGGUUUGGUUUAAACCAAAGAUGCUUGAGAGUUACCUGAGAAGACAAGGUCUUCCCGGAACUUCUUACACGCCUCUCGUCGGCGAUGUGAAGAGGAAUUUCAGCAUGUUGACAGAGGCAAGAUCAAAACCCAUCAACCUAACGGAUGAUAUCACACCACGUGUCAUGCCUCAUCCUUUGCAAAUGCUCAAGACUCACGGAAGGACUUACUUUUCAUGGUUUGGACCUGUACCAAUCAUCACUAUAAUGGAUCCUGAGCAAAUCAAGGAAGUGUUCAACAAAGUUUAUGAUUUCCAAAAGCCGCAUACAUUCCCUUUGGCCACGUUGAUAGCUAAAGGACUUGCUAAUUAUGAUGGUGAUAAAUGGGCCAAACACCGAAGAAUCAUUAACCCGGCUUUCCACCUUGAGAAGAUCAAGAAUAUGGUACCUGCGUUCCACCAGAGCUGUAGCGAGGUUCUUGGCGAAUGGGAGAAGUUAGUGUCGGAUAAAGGGUCGUCAUGUGAGGUAGACGUUUGGCCAGGACUUGUGAGUAUGACUGCAGAUGUGAUCUCUCGUACAGCUUUUGGCAGCAGCUACAAAGAAGGACAGAGGAUCUUUGAGCUCCAAGCAGAACUAGCACAGCUCAUCAUUCAAGCUUUCCGGAAAGCAAUCAUCCCUGGAUUUAGUUAUCUCCCAACAAAAGGUAACAGAAGGAUGAAAGCAAAAGCGAGAGAAAUCCAAGUUAUACUGAGAGGGAUUGUUAACAAAAGGUUAAGGGCGAGAGAAGCUGGCGAAGCACCAAGUGACGACUUGUUGGGUAUACUUCUUGAAUCGAAUUUGGGGCAAACGAAAGGAAACGGUAUGAGUACUGAGGAUCUAAUGGAGGAGUGCAAGUUGUUCUAUUUCGCCGGGCAAGAGACGACAUCAGUACUUCUGGUCUGGACGAUGGUUCUGUUAAGCCAACACCAAGACUGGCAGGCUCGUGCACGAGAAGAAGUGAAGCAAGUUUUUGGCGACAAAGAACCUGAUGCAGAAGGUCUCAACCAGCUCAAAGUUAUGACGAUGAUAUUAUACGAGGUCCUAAGGCUAUAUCCACCAGUAACACAGCUGACCAGAGCCAUUCACAAAGAGAUGAAGCUAGGAGACCUAACACUACCAGGCGGUGUUCAGAUCAGCCUACCCAUUCUGCUAGUCCAACGGGACACGGAGCUCUGGGGCAAAGAUGCAGGGGAGUUCAAGCCAGAGAGAUUCAAAGACGGUCUCUCGAAGGCAACAAAGAGCCAAGUCUCCUUCUUUCCUUUUGCAUGGGGACCGAGGAUAUGCAUAGGCCAGAACUUUGCAAUGCUUGAAGCAAAGAUGGCAAUGGCUUUGAUUCUACAGAAAUUCUCCUUUGAGCUUUCUCCUUCAUAUCUUCAUGCGCCUUACACAAUCAUCACCAUCCACCCACAGUUCGGUGCUCAGCUUAUCCUGCAGAAGCUCUAAAAUGCUACUACGUAUCCCCUUUUGUUUCUGUCAAGUGAACUUGUUAUACACAGGAUGAAAAGAGUUAGAUCACACAAUACACAAAACUGAAAUCUUUUUUUUAAUAUAUUCAAGUCAGAACUCU